UUGUUGGAGCGGGACGCUGCCCCCCACCCCGAGUUUCCCCGGACAGCGCACUAAGGGGACGGGCUCGGCUCAUCUCGGACUCGCACCUUUCUUUCCCCACCCGGCCAUAGCCUUGGCUUCCCGGCGACCUCAGCGUGGUCACAGGGCCCCCCCUGUGCCCAGGGAAAUGUUUCAAGCUUUUCCCGGAGACUACGACUCCGGCUCCCGGUGCAGCUCCUCACCCUCUGCCGAGUCUCAGUAUCUGUCUUCGGUGGACUCCUUCGGCAGUCCACCCACCGCCGCCGCCUCCCAGGAGUGCGCUGGUCUUGGGGAAAUGCCCGGUUCCUUCGUGCCCACGGUCACCGCGAUCACAACCAGCCAGGACCUCCAGUGGCUCGUGCAACCCACCCUCAUCUCUUCCAUGGCCCAGUCCCAGGGGCAGCCACUGGCCUCCCAGCCCCCGGCCGUCGACCCUUAUGACAUGCCUGGAACCAGUUACUCCACGCCGGGCAUAAGUGGCUACAGCAGUGGUGGAGCUAGUGGCAGUGGCGGGCCUUCCACCAGCGGGACCACCAGUGGACCUGGGCCUGCCCGCCCGUCCCGAGCCCGGCCUAGAAGACCCCGAGAGGAGACGCUGACCCCGGAGGAGGAGGAGAAACGAAGGGUUCGCCGGGAAAGAAACAAACUGGCAGCAGCUAAAUGUAGGAACCGUCGGAGGGAGCUGACUGACCGACUCCAGGCGGAGACAGAUCAACUGGAGGAAGAAAAGGCGGAGCUGGAGUCGGAGAUCGCUGAACUCCAAAAGGAGAAGGAGCGUCUGGAGUUUGUGCUGGUGGCCCACAAACCGGGCUGCAAGAUCCCCUAUGAAGAGGGGCCGGGGCCUGGCCCGCUGGCGGAGGUGAGAGAUUUGCCGGGGCCAGCAUCCACUAAGGAAGAUGGUUUCAGCUGGCUGCUGCCGCCCCCGCCACCACCGCCCCUGCCCUUCCAGACCAGCCAAGACGCACCCCCCAACCUGACAGCUUCUCUCUUUACACACAGUGAAGUUCAAGUCCUCGGUGACCCCUUCCCUGUUGUUAACCCUUCGUACACUUCUUCGUUUGUCCUCACCUGCCCGGAGGUCUCCGCGUUCGCCAGCGCUCAUCGCACCAGCGGCAGCGACCAGCCUUCCGACCCCCUGAACUCGCCCUCCCUUCUUGCUCUGUGA